AAAAAUAAAAAAAAAAACAAUUUUCAUACCCUUUCCUCAUCCACUUAAAAGAAAAAACGAAAUCAGAGUUAUUUUUCUCUUCGCCCGCGACGCCACAACACCACGGCACCACCGUCUUCUCCGCCGUCAAUAGAGCUACCGUUGCUUCCUGAGGGUAUAAAGGUUGAUGAUUCAUGAUCUUGAGACAAUCAUUUUGUCCUUGUGCAGGAGGAGGCUUCGAGGCCUGGUGUUAGAACGUUAUAAUACUUCUUCAAGAAAGUGGUUAUAACAUAGCUGGAGUUCAUCCAUUUGAUACAAACUACAUUACAAGUCUCUAAGAAUGACAUUCCAGUAACUUGGCUGAAGAAAUUCUGAAGGUAUUUUUUUCUUGCUUAAACUUCAGGUGAGAAGUGAGGAAAAGGAACUUAGUGGUAGGAGAAUGGUGAUCUCUAGUACCAAUCCCCACUAUAAGGAGAUAGCCAUCAGGAAGAGAAUCGCUAGCAUAUUCAAUAAACGGGAAGAUGAUUUUCCAUCUUUGAAAGAGUACAAUGAUUACUUGGAGGAAGUAGAGGACAUGACGUUUAACUUGAUUGAAGGAAUAGAUGUAGCUGCUAUUGAAGCUAGGAUUGCUAAAUACCAGGAAGAAAAUUCUGAACAAAUAAUGAUUAAUCGAGCCCGAAAGGCUGAGGAAUUAGCUGCAGCUAUGGCAACAAGCAAGGGACAACCUGCCCAAACUGAUAAUGAUGAUGCAAACCCAAAUUCUCAAGCAGGGUUUGGUGCUGUUCCUCAAGGGCAAUAUGCACCUACAAUUGCAGGAGGACAGCCUAGACCCACAGGCAUGGGACCACAACCUUUACCGCUUGGUGGAGGUGACGCGGGCUACGUAGUUGAGAACGAGGAAACAUUGCGGCGACAAGCAAGGGCUGGAGGAUGGAGUAUAGAAAUAAGCAGGAAGAGGGCACUUGAAGAAGCCUUUGGAAGCAUUUGGAUUUCUUAGAGACACAUUCAUUCUGAUACAUGGGAUGCCUUGGAAGGUGUCACAUGGUCAUUCUGAUACAAAUGGUGUAGAAUGUAAGAUUUGUCACAAUUUUGUUAAGUUAGCACAAAUUUAUAAUGGGAUGCCUUGGUUCAUCUUUCUUUUGGAUUGUUAGUUGUAUUUAUUUGUAAAAUUAUUCCUCAAUUUUCCUUGUUGUAGGUCUAAUCUUGUUUAGUUGAUAUUUGUCAACGCAAACACAACUCAAACUGAGAUUUAUUUGGAGGAAUAGAGACUUUUUGAAGUCUAGGUGAAGAAAAAAUAUUCUAAAACAA